CUUGCAGGGCCCACUCUUGGCCUACGUCACUCACAGCUAAUGGAUGUCAUUACCCAGUAUGCCUACAAUGACAGCUUCUAUGAUAAUGGAACAUGGGGCUUCAACGAAACAAAACCGGAGCAGAGGCACCCUUACAACUACUAUGCCAUGCUUCUUACGCUGCUCAUCUUUGUCAUCGUCUUUGGCAAUGUGCUGGUGUGUAUAGCUGUGUCCAGAGAAAAGGCUCUACAAACAACCACAAACUACUUGAUUGUGAGCCUGGCUGUCGCGGACCUUCUGGUGGCCACGCUGGUUAUGCCAUGGGUCGUUUAUUUAGAGGUUGUGGGAGAGUGGCGCUUUAGCAAGAUCCACUGUGACAUCUUUGUCACUCUUGAUGUGAUGAUGUGUACAGCCAGCAUCCUCAAUCUUUGCGCCAUCAGCAUUGAUCGAUACACAGCAGUUGCAAUGCCAAUGCUGUACAACACGCGCUACAGUUCCAGGAGGCGGGUCACAGUAAUGAUCUCUGUGGUGUGGGUUCUGUCGUUUGCCAUAUCAUGUCCUCUGUUGUUUGGCCUAAAUAACACAGCAACUCGUGAUGAGUCUCUCUGUGUGAUUGCCAACCCAGCAUUUGUGGUAUACUCCUCCAUCGUGUCCUUCUAUGUACCCUUCAUCAUUACUCUGCUGGUUUAUGUGCAAAUCUAUGUGGUCUUGAGGAAGCGCAGAAAACGUGUCAACACCAAACCAAAGCAGCGCAUUGGUCAGUCUGUGGGCCAAGACGAAGCCACAUCACUUAAGCUGUUUCCAUUUCAGGAUAAGUGCACUCAUCCAGAGGAUGUGAGGUUGUGCACCAUGAUUGUUAAAUCUAAUGGGAGUUUUCCUGUCAACAAGAAGAAAGUGAUUUUCAUCAAAGAAGCGACCAAUGAGGGGGAAGAUCUGGAGCUGGAUGAGCUGAACAACAGUGGCAGCAGCCAGAAGCAGAAGCAGCAGACACAGGGUGUUCUCGGAGACACUCCGGCCACAAGCCACCAGCAACUCAUGCCUAACAAGGCCAACGCUAGCCCCACUUCCACACCUCCGACACCUCCCGAGGACGAUCAGAAGGCAGAGAAAAAUGGAGAUCCCAAGGAAGUCCUGGCUGACCGAGCACCCAUUGUAGCAAAAGCCUUCCAGACACAGGCCUUACCUAAUGGAAAGACUCAGACCUCAGUAAAAACUAUGAGCAAGAGGAAGAUCUCCCAGCAGAAAGAGAAGAAAGCAACUCAGAUGCUGGCAAUUGUCCUUGGUGUAUUCAUCAUUUGCUGGCUGCCAUUCUUCAUCACACAUAUUUUGAACACCCACUGCACCAAAUGCAAGGUACCUGCCGAGAUGUAUAAUGCGUUCACAUGGCUGGGCUAUGUGAAUAGUGCUGUAAAUCCCAUCAUAUACACCACCUUCAACGUGGAGUUCAGGAAGGCUUUCAUCAAGAUCUUGCACUGCUAAGAUCCAUCAACCCUUACUGAUCGGACUGAAGGAGAAGUGAUGAAAGGGUUAGGCCAUCUCCUCUGGCAAAUACCUCAUCCUGUUAAGGAAAAUGCAUCACAUGGAGCAACUGCAAUCUGUUUUUUGAAGUAAUGGAGUUAAGUGACUUAAAGGAUUGGCAAAAUUGGCCUUUUUGAAAGGCGCGUUGGCUCUGUAUGUGACUUGUUAGUGGAAACCUGUUCUCCAAAAUCACUGAAUGUAAAACAAGAAAAGUCUGUAACAAUGACCUUAUUGUGGAGAGAGAAAAAAACAUUGUUCUCUGAAAUCAUUGUGCUUGUUAUGUAAGAAGCCAUCUGUGUAUACCACACACAUGCAAGUUACAAACUGCUAUUUAUUGUGUGUGUGCUUUACGUUUUAAUGAUGGAAACUUCCUGCAAAUCUUAAAGGUAUCACGUCAGUGUUUAUUGCAGUGUUAAAACUGAUGCGUCGCGUCAGCUCUUACUCUUAUAAUCUAUCACGGAUAGGAAUGUUUGUCAAAGAGAAGAUUUGCUUGCUGUAGAAUGUGGCAAUGCCAAUAUCUGCAUUUUUGCAGUUUUAUAAAUGAAUUAAUCUAUUAUAGAUAUGGUCUUUAUUUGCUUUACUGUACAUAGUUUUCUUAAUACAUUAACUGUGAUUAUAUGCCUGCAAUGGAAUUGUGAUGCAUGCUACAUUGCUCCUCUACUUGACUUUUCAUGAAAUGUAUGUCAAUAAAAAGAUGAUGAAAGAUCUCCAAUAAAUAA